AUCACGACGCUGCGACUUCAGCUGAAGGAGGACAGUAACAGGAAGUUGUGAAGUACUUCAAACUGCAUCCAGUUGCUGCCUGAAAAACACUGAAAGACUCAAAGUGAAAAGUAUUUGAGGCAGCAGGGAAAUAAGCAGCUGACUUCCUGUUUCAACUUGUCGUGUGCUUUGUUUUUACGUAAACUCGAUGGCUUCCAGAUCAGAGGAGGAUCUCUACUGUUCGGUCUGUCAUGACGUCUUCAGAGACCCUCUUCUUCUGUCGUGCAGCCACAGCUUCUGUAACGACUGUCUGAGGAGCUGGUGGAGAGAGAAACCAACGCGAGAGUGUCCACUCUGCAAGAGGAGGUCCUCAGAGGACCCCCCUCUGAACCUGGAUCUAAAGAAGCUGUGUGACAACUUACGGGACAGAGAACGGAGAGUUUUGGAGACAAUCUGCAGUCUGCACUCGAAGAAAUUUAAACUCUUCUGUGUGGACCACCAGCAGCUGGUGUGUCGCCUCUGCAAAGACUCAGAGAAACACAAAAACCACAGUUUCCAACCAGUCGAUAAAGCUGCACGACAGCACAAGAAGAAGCUGAAGGAAACUCUGGAGCCCUUAAAGGAGAAGUUAAAGGUUUUCAAACACACUAAAGUGAUAUUUAAUGAAACAGCAGCACACAUAAAGCUCCAGGCUCGACACACAGAGUGGCUGAUCGAAGAGCAGUUUAAGAAGCUUCACCAGUUUUUAAAACACGAAGAGGAGGCCAGGAUCUCCGCUCUGAGGGAGGAAGAGGAGCGCAAGAGUCAGAGGAUGAAGGAGGAGCUGGAGGCUCUGAGCAGAGAGAUAGCGGCUCUUUCAGACACAGUCAGAGACACAGAGGACGAGCUGAGAGCCGAAGACGUCUCCUUCCUGCACAACUACAAGGCUGCGGUGGACAGAGUCCAGCAGCGCCCCCUGCUGGAGGAUCCACAGCUGCUCUCAGGAGCUCUGAUCGACGAGGCCAAACACCUGGGCAACCUGUCCUACAACAUCUGGACCAACAUGAAGGACGUGGUCUCCUACACUCCUGUGAUCCUGGACACAAAUACCGCAGAUCCAGAACUCAUCCUGUCUGAAGAUCUGACCAGUGUGAGACUGGGACAGAGACAGCGGCUCCCUGAUAAUCCAGAGAGGUUCGAUUAUUCCUGGUCUGUCCUCGGCUCAGAGGGGUUCGACUCCGGGACUCACAGCUGGGACGUGGAGGUAGGAAACAGUGCGUUCUGGUCGCUGGGUGUGUUAGCGGAGUCCGUCCACAGGAAGGGACACAUGCUCUCUGGACUGUGGACGAUAUGGUGCGAUGAGGGGAAAUAUUUAGCACAUUCGCUGCCGGGUCCAGACACGGACCUGGUGGUGCAGAAAAAGCUCCAGAGGAUCCGAGUGAAUCUGGACUGGAACGGAGGACGGCUGUCGUUCUCUGAUCCUGAUACUAACACACACAUACACACCUUCACACACACUUUCACCGAGAGGCUGUUUCCGUACAUCACCACCGCAGAUAAACUCCCACUGAAGAUAUUACCGCUGAAGAUCUCUGCGACAAAACAACAGGUCUGAUCUUUAGUUUGAAGGGUGCCGGGUGGCCCCCCGAAACAUUUUAUAAUUCACAAAAAACUAAAGUGAUCACUGAAGUCCUGGCUAAACCCCUAAUUUCCCCAAAUCCUAGAAAUGUUCCAAACUCUGAGAAACAUCUGAAAAUCCUAGAAAUUCCCUAAAAUACAAGAAAGUCCUAAAAAACCUAUUACCUUCCUGAAACCCUAGAAAUGUCUUAAAACCCAAGAAAUGUCCAAAAAUCCUAGAAAUAACCUAAAAUCAGAGAACUGUCCUA